AUGAUUCUAGAGGCUCGCGGUCCAAAGGACAUUGAAAGUUACUAUCAGGAAAUUGGACGCGCAGGACGUGACGGCGAUCCAGCCCAGUGUCAUGUACUCUGGGCACAAAAGGAUAUAGUGAUGAAUAGAUCACGCGUCAAUAGAUCUAUGAGGGAACCCUACCUUACACAUGCCUAUGAGAUGAUUCGCUCUAUGGAGGAAUUCCUGAAUUCGAUGCGAUGCAGACGCUAUCUGCCAGCUGGAGGCGAGAUUCUCAAUAGAGAGCGGCACUACGGCGAAGGCAUUCCUGAGCCGCUCAUUGCGAAUGUUCACAUCUCCGCCCGCUAG